CCCGUGAAAGAAAAGACAUGCCCUCUACUUUCAACUCCAUUGCUGAGAUCACCACAGAAAAAUAAACUUGAAAAAUACGUGUUAGGUGUGAGCGAUCAACCCGAUGUUCACACUGCAAUGGAAAUAUGUGUUCUAGACGAGCAUGGUGAUAAGAUUCAAGUCAUAAUUCCAAAAUGGCGUAUUAUGAAGGUGGAGAAUAUUAUUAAGGAAGGAUCAUUUUAUGUACUAGAAAAUUUUGAAAUACUUCCAAAUAAUGAUGCGUACCCACCAACAAAACACCCUUAUGUUUUGAAGUUUCACGAGUGCACUGCUGUUAGGCCGUCGGGGAUUCUCAAUAUUCCCCAUUACAUUUUUAAUUUCGUCAACUUUAGCGAACUUGCGAAUAAUGCUGAUUACUCUUUGCGCGUGUUU